CGACAUCUACCGCACAAAAGCGGCUUUAAACAAGUCCCGGAAGAAUGUUAUCUGUUUAAAAUAACCGUCUUAAAGUAUAUUACAUUGUUAUAUAUGAUGGCGUCGAAAGCCCAUGUGAAUAAUACAGUGAAUGAACGUCGUUUACGACCAAUUUAUGAUUGGUUAGACAAUGGAAAUAAUAAAAAAGCAUUGCAAGAAGCUGAUAAAGUACUUCGAAAACAACCAGACAAUCAAUGUGCAAGAGUACUCAAAGCUUUAGCCCUCCUCCGAUUAGGUAAAGAAGAUCAAUGUCAAGUUAUUAUGGAUAAAGUCCGUUCUGAAGUGCCAUGUGAAGAUUCUACUCUUCAAGCAAUGAGUAUUUGUUACAAAGAAAUAAGUCAACCUGAUAAAAUAAGAGAAGUUUAUGAAGCCGCAGCCAAAGCUGAUCCUAAUAAUGAGGAACUCUUAACCCAUCUAUUUAUGUCUUACGUACGAUUAGGAGACUUUAAAAAGCAACAACAAACAGCUCUUGCUCUUUAUAAAUUAAAACCAAAAAAUCCAUAUUACUUUUGGGCCGUCAUGAGUGUCGUUAUGCAAGCCAUACGAGCUGAUGAUAAACUAGCCAAGGAUGUUAUACUACCUCUGGCAGAAAGAAUGGUAUUGAAAUUAGUAAAUGAAGGAAAACUUGAAGCUGAGCAAGAAGUUCAACUCUACAUUAUGAUUUUAGAACUUCAAGGGAAAGAUGAAGAAGUUUUGAAUGUUUUGUCCGGUCCUUUGGCUUUACGUCUUUCUGGUGUACCUCAACGAAAAGCUUCUCUUCUUUUAAAAUUGAAACGUCAUCAAGAAGCUACGAUAGCUUUUAAAGAACUUAUCCAUGAAGAUAAUGACAAUUGGUCAUAUUACUUAAGUUAUUUAACAGCUGCUUUAGAACAUCAACAACCUAGCGAAUGUCUUGAAUUUUUAGAUAGCGUGGCUGAAAAUUGCGGGAAAAAAGCACGAGCACCGCAUCUUGCACGUUUCGAAUUGUUAAAACGUAUAAGUUCUAGUGAAACUGUUUUGCGAAGCAUUAUGGAACCGGUAAAACUUAUGCGAAUGUAUUUUGAAAAAUUUGGAAAUAAAGGAUGUACAGUUGGUGAUCUAAGACUCUAUUUAGAUCUGUUAACAUCUGCGGAGCAGUUGAAAUUACUCGAAGGUAUUAAUGAAGAUAUUGGUGUAGAAGAAGAUGCUGCCCCAACAUCAACAGACCAACUUUUGAGACAUAUUCAUCUUGAACAAUUGCGUCGAAUUUGUGGAUUACAUCAUUCUCCACAUAUAAAUUAUGAGCAGCGUGAAAAAUUGGUAGAUCGGUUAAAUGAUCUCUAUGACAAAGGAGAUAAACUAUGUAGCAAUGAAGAUAGACUACCAACUGAUUUUGCGCCUUUUGAUUCUUAUGCUCUUUUGGCUGCUCAUCUUCUUUUACAGAUGUGGUUUGAAUCUAAUAAUGCAUCUCUUCUUUAUAGAGCAAUGGCAAUAUUGGAAUGUGCUUUAACAAAAAGUAUGGCAAAUUUCCAUUUAAAAAUAAUUUUAAUACGCGUUUAUUUAGAAGCUGGCUUAAUAGGUGCAGCAGAACAUAUAUUUUCUCUAUUAGAUGCCAAACAAAUCCAACUGGUUUCCCUCAGUUAUUUGUAUGUCCCUUUAUUAGCACCACUUGGACACUUAUCGAGCGCUUCGAAUGCUCUUGAUCAAGCCGUUAAAUUUUUUGUAGCCAAUUAUAAACAUAGUGCAGAUCGAUUAACAUUUGCUUAUAAGUAUGGUAGUUUUGCAAAAAUUCAAGAAUUUGUGGAUCUUAGAGAACGUCUUGAUAAUGCUUUACAUUUUGCUACAUCAACUGUCGACAAAAUGCUGUUAGAACUUAGUUGGUGUGAUAGUGCCAAAUCUCUUAGCAGAACUUUGGCAUCGAUGAGAGUGCAACCACACGAAGAUUCAAUUAGAUGGGAGUCACUACGUGAUAACCGAGAUCUUGAAGUUGUUGUUGGUUGGGAACCUUUAACUCAAUGUAAAGAUCCGAGAAGAUCUGAAGAUACACGGGCUUGUAUGCUUCAACUACUUGCAGCAAGAAAUCUCAUUUUAAGAAUUAUUGCUGCCACUACUGAACAAGACUCUUCAUCUUUAUUGGUAAAACUCGCUCAAGAAUUACAUAAUUUGCAUAACGAACAUGUGCCAAAGUGUCUUGAGAAAUUUGAAACAUCGGAUAAACGUGUGAGAGUUGAAAAUAUUUUGGUUCCAAUAGAUUCAGUGGAGCGUUUACGAGAAGCUCACUGUUCUCAACAACUGGUUGUUAUCGCAAGACUCGCUGAUUCAUUUUCACAAAUUUCAAGACCCGAUUUAGAUUGUAUUAAAAUGAUUCACACAGCUCCAUGUCUAGAUACUCUAGCAAUACCUAAUACAGAUGAACCAGUAUCUUAUAAAGAUUUUCUUCUUCGUGCAGCUACUUGUGGUGAAACUUUAGCAUUUAUUGGUAUCAUAUGUGCUGCUUAUUCAAGCCAAUCUCAUUCCCAAAGUACUAAUAGAAAGAGUAGAAAAAAAUCUAACAAGGACAUAUCGUUCUCUCCUAAUAAUAUUCAGGAUUGGACUACGAUGACUAAUUUACUCAUAGAGAAGACUGAGAGAUUAGAGAAUGUUUUAUCAGAAUUCGAAAAACGUCCAAUAAAUAUUGGCUUGGAUGUUAAAAUGAAAAAAUCAGCAGAAAUAGUUGCAGAACGUGUUCAAGAUAGUAUUCAUAGAAGCUGUUGGAUGCUUCGAUCACGACUUCAACUUACCACCAAGCUUCUAAAUAAUUUACGUAGCUGAAAUCUUGAAAAUAUCGAUAAAUUGUACAAAUGAUGAACAUUGAAUCAGCUUUAAAAAUAUUUGCUCUUUAUCAAA